AGUUAACCAACAACUAAUUGACACGAGUGUUGACACGAGUGUUGAGAUUUUGGACAUAAAGCCGAAAAUGCCUGAUGAUGAUCCAGCAACAGAUCUCCUUGUCGCCCUUGGAAAGCCUGGUGAUGAUCCAGCAACAGAUCGUUUUGACGCCCUUGGCUUAUUUGAAAACCAGAACUCGCCGAAUGAUUUACCUGAAACACUAUCCCCUGAAGUUGUGUGGGGCAGAGAAAAUUUGAUUGGUUUCCUUGAGUCGCCCACGGAGAGCGAAAGCAUUGCUACGAGCCGCCCGGGUGAAGAGACCAUUGGCUUGUCAAUGGAUCCAUUGCGUACCGCGUGUAGUUCUGUCUGUAGUUCAGGAUCACCUCAAUAUCCACCGAUGCAAUAUUCUACACCUAAGAGAGUAUCUGACGACCUUUCAGGAAGUAACACUACUGACACCAUCCUUGAUUUUUCCUCGGCCAAGCUUAUCUCUUUUGAGUGUUAAAUUUUAGAAUAAAUACACUAUAGAUAUAUACCCUGCCACUUUUGAUUAUUCAUGUUAAGGUUAUUAGGGGUUGGAGAUAAAUGUAGGCAGAGUUGGAGAAAUUAUUUUCCCG